CCACGCCCGCCUCGCUUCCUCUCAUCGCAUGAGUUGACAUGGAUAGAAAAGAGCAGAAGCUUUGAACUAUCCCAACAGACUCCCGUCCUACCGAACCGAGACAAGUGGAGUGGAUAACCCAGUCAGACGAGAUCGCUAAUUAGACUACACACAGACUCGAAUACAUCGCUACAGUCGGUCCUCUCGUGCACCGUCCCGUUUCAUCUGUCGUUAUUAUAUGAUUAUUAUUGCGGCCGCUCGCACCUUGUUAUUCCGGUGGGGAGUAAAUUUAUAUGGCCGCGACGCUGAUCACGAUGAGCGCUGGGACCGGGCAGGACGAGAUGUUCUACACCCUGCUCAAGCCCAUGCUUUCGGAAGGCUUCCCGGCCGAGGAGUCGGCUCUGUUCGGUUUCGAUACCAAGAACCUACUGACGGAAAGGAGUGGACAGAGUGAAUACGCGCACCAGACAGGGAAGAGUGAGCUGGAUAAGUACCUCUCCCCCCAGACGCCUCUCCUGAUGCCCCAUCCUGACCCUUCAGAGCAGAACAAGUCUCGGCGGGACAGUGCCUCUGUGAUGGAUCACUUCUUUGGCGACGACCAGGGUGGAUCUCCUUACAGCAUCAACAUGAACGUCUUCCUGCCCGACCUGGCCUACCUGAGGAUGGGCUUGUGUCGGCCGGCACGCCCAGGGCCUGGGGGUAACGGCGGAGGCAUGGGCCAGCAGGUCAAAACAGAACCCCCGUCCUCCUCUCCCUUCGCCCAUCCUCACCCUCACUGCCCCAGCAGUAGCGUCCACAGUAACAGCAUCAGCCUUUCCACGGUAACGUCGGUGUCUUCUUCUUCUUCUUCUUCGUUACCAGAGUUCACUAGUGUGUUCAGCCCGUCGGGUGGUGGUGACCCGACCUCUGACGCCGUGGCAACGGGAGGUUCUGUUUACGUGAAGGAGGAGCUGGGGUCGUUCGAUCUGCCUCACGACGACUCUCUGUUCCAGCUGCUCUCUGCGGAGCUGGACUCCGCCCCUCUCGCGCCCAUGCAUCACCACGGCAACAAUGCUCAUCACCGGGCGGGGCAGCAUCACGGAGGUUCCGGUCCCUCGCCCGUCAUGCACACCUUCCACGACCUACACUUAGCCGCCCAGGCCCAGCAGCAACACCAACAACUACAGAGUGCCAAGGAAAGCUACUGUGGUGGGCUGCACAGCGUGGGAGGGGCCUACCCUCACCCUCACUUCCUCCAGCAGCCCCAGCACCAUCAGGCCAAGGCCCCCUACCUGCCCCCCUCUCCUCCCAGCUCGGAGCCCAGCUCCCCAGAUCGUCAGAAGGACCUCCUUCAGAAUCUCUCGCCUCCCCCUUCAUAUGCCGCCACUAUCGCCUCCAAGCUGGGAGUGAGCGUCUCCCCCAGUCUUUCCCCCACCGGUGUGGCUCGGCCCUCAGCCUCAAGUCUAACUCCAACCCCAGGCUGCGGCCCAGCUCCAAGCCUGAACCAGUCCAUGCAGGUCCGCUACAACCGCAGGACCAACCCAGACCUGGAGAAGAGGAGGAUACACCACUGUGACUUCCCAGGAUGCAAGAAAGUGUACACCAAGUCUUCCCAUCUGAAAGCCCACCUGAGGACCCACACUGGUGAGAAGCCGUACAGGUGUUCGUGGGAUGGAUGUGACUGGCGUUUCGCCCGUUCUGAUGAGUUGACUCGUCACUUCAGGAAACACACAGGGGCCAAACCGUUCCAAUGCUCUGUCUGCUCUCGCUCCUUCUCCCGAUCGGAUCACCUGGCCCUGCAUAUGAAGAGGCACCAGAACUAA